CACAGAGAGGAGACCCGUGAAUGACUUCUGUGGGCUGUUCCUCUAUCAUCACCACCACCACAAGCCACCUCAAGCGGGGGCACCUAUGGAUCACACAGUAAACUGAAAGGACACUUGGUGAAGCCUUCCCAGCACUUGUCGGAGAGCCCCUUCCUGAGUGAGGGUCUGCCCUUCAUGGUCUCAGCAUCAGCACAGCUCAACAGAGUUUGAAGAAGAAGGUUUAUCAAGCCAGAGGAUGCAGCUAGGAGAGCAGAUCCUGACCAGCUCUGCUCCUAACCUGCCUCACACUUUCUACCCUCUGCCUGGGGACCCCAACAGCGCCGCUCAGAGCCCAGGCUUGGACUUUAGCGUGGGACAGCAUAAAAGCCAGCAGCAGAAGUUCUCCUCCAGAGGCCUCCACCUCGACAGCCCCAGAGAUUCUGGCAGCUCUACCACCCCUGGUAGUACAAUGCUCAGCGAGGCCACUGAGGGCUUCCAAGCCACCAAAACCUUAUCGGACACGGGGAGGAAGGGCUCACCGGUUGGAGAAGAAGACCUGAGCUCUGCGCCCCCCACCUCAGUCCCACGCUACCUGGACAACUCUCUCCAGGCUGAGCGCUACUACCUGCCCUCUCAGGGGCAGCAGAGCCAGCAGACAGGGGCAGAGCUGGGCUCCCCCUGCUCCAUCUUCCCCUAUGCCCCACCACAGCACAGCGCAGUGUACCAAGCCGGAGGGGCCGCCAGAUACCCCCCAUACAGCAGCAUGCUGCCCCCCGCAGGCUUCUCCCCUCCCGUGUGCCCCUCUCGUCCCCAGUACUCCACUGGUUACCAGUACAGCCAGGCGCCUGGCACCAUGUACAGCCCCUACCCUGCUGCAGGCUCGGCCAGCGGGCUGAGUGCCUUGGGGCUGCCGGGCAGUGGGGCGGGGAUGCGGGCACAGAUCUACCUCUGUAAUCGCCCCCUGUGGCUCAAGUUUCACCGGCACCAGACUGAGAUGAUCAUCACCAAGCAGGGCAGGAGGAUGUUUCCUUUCCUGAGCUUUAACAUUACUGGACUGAACCCCACCUCCCAUUACAAUGUGUUCGUAGAGGUGGUUCUGGCAGAUCCAAAUCACUGGCGAUUUCAAGGGGGCAAAUGGGUGACGUGUGGCAAAGCGGACAACAACAUGCAGGGUAACAAGGUGUACGUGCACCCCGAGUCUCCCAAUACUGGGGCGCACUGGAUGAGACAGGAGAUCUCCUUUGGCAAACUGAAACUCACCAACAACAAAGGAGCCAAUAAUAACAAUACUCAGAUGAUAGUCCUGCAGUCUCUACAUAAGUACCAACCCCGUCUCCAUAUAGUAGAAGUAAGUGAAGAUGGAGUAGAAGACCUGAAUGACUCUGCUAAGACCCAGACUUUCACGUUCCCAGAAACUCAGUUUAUUGCAGUUACAGCCUACCAGAAUACAGAUAUUACACAACUGAAGAUUGAUCACAACCCAUUUGCAAAAGGCUUCAGAGACAACUAUGACUCCAUGUACACGGCUUCAGAAAAUGACCGAUUAACUCCAUCUCCUGCGGAUUCUCCUAGAUCCCACCAGAUAGUGCCCGGGGCCCGCUACAGCGUCCAGCCUUUCUUCCAGGAGCAAUUUGUCAACAACCUGCCCCCCACCAGGUACUACAGCGGGGAAAGGACUGUACCUCAGACCAAUGGUCUCCUUUCACCACAGGCCAAUGAAGAGGUGCCAAGCGCUCCCCCCCAAAGGUGGUUUGUGACCCCAGUUCAACAAGCUGGGGCUAACAAAUUGGACAUGGGUCCCUAUGACACAGACUAUUCUUCUAGUUCCCUUCUAACCUAUGGCAUAAAGUCCCUACCUAUCCAAACCUCACAUCCCAUGGCAUAUUAUCCAGAUGCUGCAUUUGCCUCUAUGACAAGUUGGGGUAGCAGAAGUUCUCCAUAUCAGAGGAAAAUGAGCACAGGUCUGCCUUGGUCCUCAAGGUCAAGUCCUUCAGGAUUUUCUGAAGACCUUCUAACUAAAGACAAAGUCAAGGAAGAAAUGAGCUCGUCUUGGGUGGAAACACCUCCUUCAAUAAAGUCUCUAGACUCCAACGACUCUGGCGUUUAUACAGGAGCCUGCAAAAGAAGAAGAUUGUCUGCUAGCACUUCAAGCAAUGAAAAUUCUCCACCAAUAAAGUGUGAGGACAUUGCCAGCAAAGACUAUAAAGAUGCCUCCAAAGGCCUAGGCUACUAUUCCUUCUACUCCAGUUCCUAAAUAAUUAUUAUAUGUAUAUUAAUAUAUGUAAAAGUUGUAAGCUACCACAGGGUGGAUUAUAGCAUUAAAUGCCAAAAAAGUGGCUUUGCUUUUCAUCCAGAGAACACGAUGAAACAAGAACUGGUGUCUGAUCUUCUCUGGGCUGACGUGCCAAAACCUCUGACUGUUUCAAGUUCCAUCCUGUCACAUCUUGAACUCUAAAUCUGAGAGUAUUUGGUUUAUUUUGAAGUGAAAAAAUAAUAAUCUAAAAUCUACUUGACCUUUAUCUCGUUUUUUUUAUUUUUAUUGUGAUUUAUUUAUGAGGAGAGACUUUUGUACAGAUCGUGUAGAUAUCCUGUUGAAUAUUGUGUAGUUUAAUAUAUUGUUUGCCUCUAUGUGUCUCGUUUUUAUUGAUCAAUAAUACAUUUGACUUGCACUCUUCUGUUGUGCAAUUUGUAUUGGUAGUACACGAAAAAGAAAUAUAUCUAUAAAAUUAGCCAUUCCAGAAUGUAUUUCAACCAUGUCUCGGAAAUGGUUCCAAUAAAGAAAUACUGUAAAAAUGUAAAAAUCAUUAUUGAUCCGGAAGAAAUUGUGUUUACUUAUGUUAUGUAUAUAGUGCUCAUU